GGCACACAGGUACCCAAACGAAGUGAACUAUAUUGUGCAUAUAUCUUUGGAAUCACAGUCAGCGAGCAACCACUACGAAAUACAGGGCAAGGAGGACAACUACAGAAAAGAAAUCGGUCCCGACAGCACGUUAGCAUUUCGGCAGUUUAUACACCAAGCUUUCGAACGAGACGUUAUUAACGAUACUAACUAUGGCAAGCGUUGGGUUGUGUGCGUGCCUCCUAGUUCUUAGUUGUAUUGCAGUCAAUGCAGCGCCAACAGUAGACAAACGAGAUACAUCAAAACGGGUAUUUUGGGUAGAUAAGAAAAACGCAGACCUUGAAAAAGAAGAUGACAAGAGAGUGUUCUGGGUUGACAAGAAAGACGCAUCCCAAGAUGAUAUAGACAAAAGAGUGUUCUGGGUUGACAAGAAAGCAGCAGCUGCAGAUAAUCAGAAAAGAGUUUUCUGGGUAGACAAGAAAAAUGCUGAUGCAGCAGAACAAGACAAAAGAGUUUUCUGGGUGGAAAAGAAAAAUGCCGACGCAGCAGCCGCAGAUCCAAACAAAAGAGUUUUCUGGGUUGAGAAGAAGGACGAUGACUCCAAAGCUGCAGAUGACAAACGAGUGUUCUGGGUAGAAAAGAAAGACGGCAAAGACCAGGAGAAAAGAGUUUUCUGGGUGGAGAAGAAGGACGACCAAGCCGAUAAAGAUAAACGAGUAUUCUGGGUGGACAAAAAAGAAGCAGACACGGCUGAUGCGUUAUAUGACAUGUCGAAAACUCAAGCAGAACUAAUCAUAGAUUGUUACACUAUCAAAUGCAUUGAACCGUUGAAGGAGUGUUCAUCAUCGUGCAACGAAAAGGACGGCCACCAACAAUCCUGCCUAGCCAGUUGUAAAGAGCGCCACGAUAGUUGCGUUGACAAUUGUGCAAAAGAAAUGAACUGACACUGAGGGCGCCGUCUUAAAUUCGAAGAAGAAAACUCAUUAUUGAAUUUGAUUUUCGCUUUAUCGUAUUUUUAAACUCCAUAAUCAUGGCUGGCCUUUUCGUAUCACUUUGUAACAAAAUUAUAGAAUCUGUACGCAUUCCCUGGUAAUCGUUGGUCAGUUAAAAUUUACUAACCCCAAAAUAUUUUCUUUAUAUUAUAUCGUUUUGAUGAACAAUUUUUGUUUUCUCUAUACUUUUCCGCAUGUAUAAAAACGAGAACUUCGCGUGAAUGUAAAUACCAACUCGUUAAUACGAUUGCAGAUCGAGCCUGAGAUGGGGGAAGUGACGUCACAUACGUCACUUCUAUAAUAUUUCUUACUACCAACGAUUUGUAAAUUGAUGUCAAUGUUUUCCCAUGUCAGGCUCUAUUUGUGACAACAUUAUGAGAUAAGAUGUCACGCGGUGUCGACGGUGAAAAAAAGUAAAUAGUAUAAUAGUUGUACACUGUUAUUAAAAUAUGCAACGUGAUUGGAUGUAAUAAAAUAAGUGUUAUCUUUUGAAAU